AGGUUGAUUGGAUGAGAAACAAUGGAUUCGCAGGGGUCAUGGUAUGGUCGGUAGAUCUUGAUGACUUUGAUGGAACGAAAUGUCGUUCAAGCACAGAGAGCUACCCUCUCUUGCGAGCCAUAAACCGUGCUCUUGGGCCAAGGGCUACUCCUGGCACGCGACGUCCUGGUGGUAGAAUUGUUCGGACAACACCCGAUAUCCGUACACCCGUACCCAGGACUAGGCCUACGACACCAGACGAUAGCACAAUCAAAACACAAACCACAAGAAAACCCGAUGGCACAACUCGGACUGAAACGACAACCCGCCAAAGUACCAUGCCCCAAUCUACUAGGCCAGGUGGUACCUUUGAUUGUUUAAAUGUGGAUGACGGGACAUAUCCUAAUCCUAAUGACUGCACGGGAUAUGUGCAAUGUAAUCAUGGAAUCGCUCACAUCAUGCCUUGUGCACCGGGACUCGUGUUCAACCCAUUAAUGAAAUAUUGUGAUUGGCCAUACAAUGUACCUAACUGUAAAGUAAACUAGCUCAUUCAU